AUGGCAAAUAACACGGCGUUGGCGGGGAAUCAGCAGCAGCAACAGGCCGUGAAUAAACCCGCUGCAUCAGGAAAGCAUGGCAAUGUAUUACCUCUGUGGGGCAAUGAGAAGACCAUGAACCUGAACCCCAUGAUUUUGACGAACGUGCUGUCCUCGCCUUAUUUCAAGGUACAGCUAUAUGAGCUGAAAACUUACCACGAAGUCGUGGACGAGAUCUACUUUAAGGUGACCCAUGUUGAGCCAUGGGAGAAAGGCAGCAGGAAGACUGCAGGCCAAACUGGCAUGUGCGGAGGGGUCCGUGGUGUUGGAACCGGAGGCAUCGUUUCUACAGCCUUCUGUUUGCUGUAUAAACUGUUCACCCUGAAGCUGACACGCAAGCAGGUGAUGGGUCUCAUCACACACACCGACUCCCCCUAUAUUAGAGCCCUCGGGUUCAUGUACAUAAGAUACACUCAACCCCCUCCAGACCUCCUGGACUGGUUUGAUGGGUUCCUUGAUGAUGAGGAGAUCUCCCUUGUGCAGCAGGAGCUGGACGUAAAAGCCGGCGGUGGAUGCGUCAUGACGGUAGGGGAAAUGCUGCGCUCUUUCCUGACCAAGCUGGAGUGGUUCUCCACGCUGUUCCCGCGCAUCCCCGUGCCAGUGCAGAAGAUGAUAGACCAGCAGAUGAAGAGCAGGCCCAGGAAGAUCCCAAACAAGGAGGGCCAAGAGGAGGCGGAGGAGCCAGAGUGGCACGCUGAACACAGGACUCCCAGAAGAACCCCGAGCCCCCGGAGGUCCCCCAAGAGGUCGAGGAGCAGGAGCCACCACCCAGACGGGCACGGCUCCGCCAGCUUCGACUGGGAGCUGGAGAGGGAGCGCGAGCGCCAGAGGAAGGAGAGGGACGGCAAAGACCAGGACAGGGAGAGGGGGGAGAGGGGUGAGAAGGACAGAGACCGGAGUGACAGGGACAGGGGGGACAAAGAGCGGCGGCGCUCGCGAAGCCUGGACCGCGCCACGGACCGACGGAGCAGCCGGAGCAAGGACCACCGCCGGAGUCGCUCUGCUAGCCGGGACUGGAAGAACAACCGCAAGGACCGCGAGAAGGAGAGGGAAAGCGACGGGGACCGGAGCAGGAGGAAGGACCACGACCAUGACCGAGACAGAGCUAGCGACAAGGACAGAGACAGAGGCAAUGACAAGGACAAGGACAGGGCUAGUGACAGGGACAGGGACAGGGCUAGCGACAAGGACAGGGACAGGGCUAGCGACAAGGACAGGGGCAGGUUUAGAGAUGGCGGGGAGAGGACAAAAGACAAGCGGGGCAAAGGAGAGACGGAGGACAGGAGGCACAGGGAAGAGAGGGAGGAGAAGAGGCACAGGGAGGAGCGCAAGGCGAAGAAGCACAGCCAGAGUAGGAGCGGCAGCAGGAGCAGGGAGCGGAGGCAGCGUAGUGGCAGCCGCAGCAGGACCCACGCCGGCAGGAGCAGCCGCAGCAGGAGCAGGCACAGGGCCGAGCGGCCUGCCAAGAGGCCCCAAAGCCACAGCAAGGAGAGGCCCCAAAGCCACAGCAAGGAGAGGCCCCAAAGCCACAGCAAGGAGAGGCCCCAAAGCCACAGCAAGGAGAGGCCCCACAGGCACCGCCGGGAGCACAGCGACUCCAAGGACCAGCGCAGAUGCCAAAGCACAGAGGGAGAGGAACAGGUGCAGGAGAGCAAGACAGGGUCCACGUAAUUUAAUCUUCAGUUUCGUUCGCUCACUAGUUUCUUUUGUAAUUUGCUUGUUUAGUACGGAAAUGCAUCUCUAGGUUUUCUUGGGCCGCUUGUUUAAGUUUCUCAUUGUAGGGAAGUGCCUUUGUGUCAUCUUCAACCGCCAUUGUACCCCAAAACUUGAGUUGUGAUGCAAAGGUUUUCAUUUUUAUCAUUUGUUUUCAAAAUUGCUUUGUAAAUAAGUCUGAGAAUGUUUUAAGGCAAAUGGAGCACCAACUAUGGUAAAUUUGUAUUAGGGGUCAAGACUGCCUGAAAUUGUGCUGUAUUUGGUUAAUUGCCUCGUUGCAAUUUUUUUCUAAUAAAAUACUUUUACGGAUGA